AUGCAGCCCACAGCCUCCCUCCGCGUCCUCGGCUACCGCCACCUCCGCCUCACGACCAAGGACGUCAACAAGGGCUUCUACAAGGGCAACCGCACCGGCUCCAUGGGCAGCCACACCCGCUACGGAGGCUACAGGAUCGACUGGGCCAAGGUCCGCACCUUCGCCGUGCCCGAGAGGCUGUUCGAGGCCGAUUUCAAGCUUACCCCGUUUGUGGGGAACACGAUUAGGAAGGUCCGCGGACAGUACGACACUGCUGAGGGCCCGAGGAACCCGGCGGCGUACCUGGAGAGCUGGAAGCUGCAGAACGGCAGGACAUAG